AUGUCAGAGGAGCCUCCCGCCACAGAGCAACAAAGCCGCAAGAGCUCGAAGACGUUCAGCAAAACGAUCGAAGCGAUCCAGCCAACUGACAGUCAAGACUGCGCCCUGCGGAUUUCUCGCUCCAUUAGCACAGUCAUGCCGUCGGAAGGACGGCCGGGCUCGUCCAGAUCCCGGUCGAGCUCUCCUGCAUUCAGUGUGGAUAGCGAUUGCUGGUUCGGUUCAGCAUCGCGGGCAAGAACUCCUAGCGCCUGCCCGUCGGAAGAUGAAGAGGUGACUUACUCACACCACUUCCACUUCAUGGUCAGUGCAACGAAAUCUUCUUUGUUGCGACGGCCAGAAGCUGCGCCUGACAAAGAGGACCAAGAGGCUCCGGCAAAGGCAGCUCCUAAGGGUGCAGCUGCCUCAGGAAACGUCGCCCAGAAGUAG